GCUGAUGUCUCUGCUGUAACCUUGGUUGCUAUCGAACAGCAGCAGGGUCUGCCCUUCCCUUAUAGUCAUUGGCUUACCACUCUGACCACAAGCCAUGUGGUUUAGGCAGCAGCCAAUGGAAAACAGAGGCAAUGCUCCUUUAAUAGUGUUCCGUCUUAAAGAGACAGCAUUCAGUAUGUUGCUUGUUUUAUUCCAGAAAUUCUCCCCUUGCUGUGCUUCGCCAUUACUAAAUGUCAGGGUGCUUUGUGUUUAGAAUCCGUCUGGCUUAUGGUGAAAGGACUAAAGGGAGACACAACAGGACAUUUUUUUUUUUUUUUUUAUUCUUUACAAGUGUACGUUUAGAUUUGUGUGCGCGCGCAAUGUGCAGAAGAAAGAAGUCUCCCGGGGCAAACAGAGUCCCUGUGAAUAUGCUGCAGCCUUUUAGCGGCAGUAGCUAAGCUACAGAAAUCCUUCACACCGUGCCAACAUGGAGGUGCACACAUGAAUAUUCCCACUCAGUCUCUCGCUCUUACUCACACCCUCACUCACACACACAUAUUUUCGACAGACGUACAUGCUGUCUCGUCGCGCAUGCGCACUCGGCCUCUGGAAGGAGGCAAGCACAGACACACACCCAUGCACGCGCCUGCAGCCACACUGCCUGAUUAGCUUGCGAGAGCUGUCUACAGCAUCCAGGGAAAUGGCGCAAGAGGCAGAGGAGUGGAGGAGGAACGGCAGCCUAAAGCAGCGGGAUUAGACCUCUGGCAUUUUUGGCCAGCUGAGCCAUGGAUUGACUUGGAGCGGCAGCCUGGGCUACGGAGCAUUCGGGAGGCAGCCUGACUGCCUGUGUGCGCUUGACUGUGUUGUGGUGUGAGACGGCAUAGACGGGCUGAUGCACCGGUAGGACUGGGCCGGGCCUCUGGAUCCGUUCCGUGGGGGAGGGGCAGUCGACGCAAGGAAAGGAAGCCUGUUUUUCUAGACCACAUCUCUGGUGUGAUUUCUCAACCUGACCGUCUGAUACAGGCCUGCCUGCAUCCCUCUCCGUCACGCUCUCUCUGCCAUUCUCUCCAUCCUCGUUUUUCUCUCACCAUUAUCAUCUGUCUCCCCUUCUCCCUUUCCCCGAUGUUCCUGUUGUCAUCCGGGCUCCCCGUGCCUCCCUCAUUCGACACUACAGUCACCCUCCUCUCCUGCCGCUACCAUUUCUCCAUCUCCUUCACCUCCGCCGUCUAAAUUUUUUAUCACUGUUCCAUCAAGCACCUCAGCUCUCGCGACAUCAUUUUUUUUUUUUUUUCGUUUACAUCUCCCACUCACCUCCUCCAUUGGCUCCUCUCUGUGCCCUUCAGACGGUCUCCCGCUCCCUCUCCCUUUCCCUCCAUCUUCACUCGAUCAGCUCCCAUCCACCUUUACCCCGCAGUGACUGUGGAUUUGGGUCGGCUCAGCAAAUGGGAUGAGAUGUAGUCUCCACAGCAGCCGGAUCCAGGGGGGCUCCUGGUCUGCCCAUCAGGGGGGACCCUCAUCUACUGAUCAUACUGAGGGCUGGAGCCUGACUCAGGACUGACUGGGUGGCCUGCUUUGGGAGUACUGCAUGUAGGCAAGGACAAUCUGCACCAGCAGCCCCUACCCUCGCCCCUUCCCCCGUUCCUUCGCCCCUUCUCGGGGCAGCCGUCACUCUGGAGUGUCCGGGCUUGACUGGUUGUGGCCUCUCCCCACACGCCCUGACGACGCCCUCAUGCCACUGGGGCACCCACACUGCCCCCACCCCGCUUCACUACCGCACCUCCUGCCUGUGCCACCGGCCCAAGCCCCCCGUCACCCUCAACAUGGGUGUGGUGGAGGCCAUUGACCCAGCGCCGUCCGCCUGCCCCUCGCCCGUACCAGGGGGCUACAGGCUGCCCCGCUCCUCCAGCUACAGCCCCCUGCAGGGGAGGGCAGGGGCAGAGCUGGACCUCGGUGCGGCCGCUGGAGGAGUCCUGGAGGGAGGCGGGACGGCAGCCGAGCGCCGGACGCCCUUAGUGGACCUGUUCUGUGAGACCUGCUCCAGGCCCUGGCUCAUCGGUUGGUGGGACCAGUUCAAGAGGAUGUUGAACAGGGAGCUGUCCCAUUUGUCAGAGAUGAGUCGCUCAGGGAACCAAGUGUCAGAAUACAUCUCCACUACCUUUCUAGAUAAGCAGAACGAGGUGGAGAUCCCGUCCCCGACCUUGAGGGAGCGGGAGAAGCCCAUGUGUCACAUCAGCGGCGUGAAGAAGCUCACGCACAGUUCCAGCCUUUCGAACUCCACCAUGCCUCGCUUCGGUGUGAAGACUGAACAUGAGGAUGCAUUAGCCAGGGAGCUGAAUGACUUGAACAAGUGGGGCCUUAAUAUCUUUCGUGUGGCGGAGUUCUCUAAUAAUCGACCCCUCAGCUGCAUAAUGUUUGCCAUCUUCCAGGAAAGAGAUCUACUAAAGACCUUCCGGAUCCCUGUGGAUACGUUUGUCACCUACGUGAUGACCCUGGAGGACCACUACCAUGCCAAUGUGGCCUACCACAACAGCCUCCACGCUGCAGAUGUCACUCAGUCUACUCAUGUACUGCUAUCCACUCCGGCUCUAGAUGCCGUAUUCACGGAUCUGGAGAUACUAGCUGCGUUAUUUGCUGCUGCCAUCCACGAUGUGGACCAUCCAGGAGUGUCAAACCAAUUCCUCAUAAACACCAACUCAGAGUUAGCCUUGAUGUAUAACGACGAGUCUGUGCUGGAGAACCAUCACCUGGCUGUAGGUUUUAAGCUGCUUCACGAGGACAACUGUGACAUCUUCCAGAACCUCAGCAAGAGGCAAAGACAGAGCCUGAGGAAACUUGUUAUUGAUAUGGUUUUGGCUACAGAUAUGUCUAAACACAUGAGUUUGCUGGCAGACCUCAAGACUAUGGUAGAAACCAAGAAAGUGACGAGUUCUGGAGUAUUGCUGCUUGACCACUAUACUGAUCGGAUACAGGUGUUGAGGAACAUGGUGCACUGUGCUGACCUGAGCAAUCCUACCAAGCCCCUGGCCGUGUAUCGACAGUGGACGGAGAGGAUCAUGGAGGAGUUCUUCAGGCAGGGAGACAAGGAGAGGGAGCGAGGGAUGGAGAUCAGCCCCAUGUGUGACAAACACACCGCAUCUGUGGAAAAGAGUCAGGUGGGCUUUAUUGACUACAUUGUCCACCCGCUGUGGGAGACAUGGGGGGACCUUGUUCACCCCGAUGCACAGGACAUCUUGGACACUCUAGAAGACAACAGAGACUGGUACCAGAGUACUAUCCCGCAAAGCCCCUCACCCCCGCCCGUGGGCCAGGACAAGGAUCUGAACGCCUGCUUGGACAAGUUUCAGUUCGAGCUCACCCUUGAGGAGAGCUCUCAGAGGGAGGAGGGAGAUGAGGGCGACAAGCUCACGCCAAACCACGUGGCACAGGACUGCAGCCACAGCGAGGAGGAGGGCAAAAAGGAGGAAGAGGAAGACAUAAUGGCGGAGGAGGAAAACGAGGACAUAAUAGAAGAGGAGGACGAGGUGGCUAUGGAGGAAGAGGAAGUGGAGGAGGAGCUGAAAGCUCAGUCGGGUGGGGAGCCUGAGAAGGACAGACUUUCCGACACAAGUCCUGUAGAGGAAGAGGAAGAUUCUUCUUCACAAGCCGAGGACACAUGAGUUCUGCUCCUGUGUCCGCCUCCUCACUUGCACACAUUACCUUGUUCAUCCUUUCAAUGGCCAAACCAAGAACAAAUAAGACUGCAAUGACAAUACAGACCUUUAAAUAUAUUUUUCAAAAAGGGAAUAAAUUAAAAUUGCUUAAAGAGAAGUUAAUUACACAGCAACUGUAGAUUUGGAGUGGUGACAAGUCCUGCGACUGAUUUCACAAAGAACUUUAGACUAAGAGGAAUUUAGGAGAGCAUUAACGGUGGGCAACUGAAGACAGCGUAGCACUCUGGGACUGGAAUGCACACACAUAAACACACACAAAGCUACACAUAAAAAAAAAAUAAAAUAAAAGCAAGAGCAAGGCACGUAGAAUAAACAAAUGCAAUUUGUGUUUGUGCAUGCAACAGACACGCUAUUAAUUGCAGCCCAUCUGUACCCCAUCCUUUUUUGGAAACGCAGACACACAAACGCACACACGCGCGCACACACACACAACUGUAUGUUUGUAUGUGUGCAUUUACAUGAGGGACAUUUAAUCAGUAAUGAAUCUCUUUGGAAAAAGCCAUCCCUUACUGGAGUAUUAACUAGUGUUCAGUCAGUAUUAGUAAUUCAUGUUCGUUAGAAUCAAUAGAAGCUGUUCUCCUCAGAAAAGCUACACGUCCGAGUGACUUUUUUUCCAUUUCUGUCGGAAAGAAAAAUAAGAAUUAUCCACAGAGUUGGGGGAGGAGAGAGGAAGGUGUCGCGAGAAAGGAAGAUGCUGCGAAUGAAGGGGCCGCCGGGUCCCGUACCCCUUUUCCCUUUACAAGGAGAGUGCUACUGGUGCAAGAUGGCUCUGUGCCUUUCUGAAACACCAGCUUCCUGAAUGGAGCUGCCGUGAAGCAAUGCAUUGUGGGACAGGAGUGUCUGAUUCUGUUAUCAUUUUUGAUUGUCUCUUGUUAAAGAUCUCUCUUUGCUGUACAUGGUAUUGUGGUGUGUAUCUCACACGUACAGUUUCUGUGGUGAUAUGUUUUCAGCUGUAAGUCUUCCUUUGUUGCUCUUCUGGUAAUAUAAUAACUCAGAAACUCUAGAUGCAGAGCAAUCACUACCACCACCACAACCACCAGUGGACUCUUUCCAGCUUAUAGUUUUUUCUUAUUAGACGAUUUUUUUAACUUUCUGAGAAUAAGCCAUGUGAUGCUUUAAAGCAUACAUUUUUGCCUAUUUUAUAUUUAACAGUUGCUUAAUAUGUUAAUGGGUCGGAGAAUCAUUUCAUCGGCUGAACAAACCUUCACUCGCAUCUCACGUCCACUUGCACUGUGUGUUUGUGUCUCCUCAUACACAACAGUUCUCACCAAAGUAAAAGGAUGAGAAACUUCAGCGGGUGAAGUGAAUCGGAGGACGACGGAUGAAUAAGAGAAUCAGGGAGGCAGAAUGUCAGGGCAAAGAAGUGUGGCUCGGCCAAAAGGGGGUUUGGCAGUCCCUAAUCAUCCUUGUUAUGUUUGAUGCUUUUUUGCCUUAAUGUCAGAUGCAGGAUACAUACCUGCCAGUAUGUAGAUUUAUAAGAUAUAUAUAAUAGAUAUCCUAGUAUAUUUAUAUCAUGUCUGUAUGCUUAUUUCUGUAAGUAUCAGUGUGUCUAUACACAAUGUAUCCAGCAUUGCUUUUUUGUGGGGAAAGGGAAUCAUUGCUGCCAAUUAGUUGUUAUGUUCUUGCUGCGCUCGGACCAACAUAAAGAAUGUGUUGUUUUUUUUUUUUUAAUCGGGGUGGCAAAAUGUUA